AUGGUCGACCAGAAGCAUCCCGAGCAUCUCGUAGACACUGAGAUCUACACUUCAGACACCGAGGCGAACCAAAUUCCGAGAGAACAUGUCGUCGUCAAGCCCCUCAAGACCUGGAAGGGCUAUCUCUGGGAUACCUGGGAGCUACCACCGGAUCAACGCUGGCUUCUCUUCAAGGUAGACGCCUUUGUAUUGACAUUCGCUUCUUUGGGUUACUUCCUCAAGAACAUCGACCAAACUAAUGUUAACAAUGCCUUUCUCAGUGGGAUGAAGGAAGACUUGAGCAUGUAUGGGAACGAACUGGUCACGAGCACAUCCAUCUGGACAGUCGGCUAUGUAAUCGGGCAGAUUCCAUCGAAUUUGUUGCUGACCCGAGUGUCUCCACGCUGGGUCAUACCGUCUCUUGAAGUCGGCUGGGGUAUUGCGACCAUUUGCACGUCUCGUGUCGAAUCCUACAAAGCGCUGUAUGCUCUGAGAUUCCUGGUGGGCUUCUUCGAGUCUGGUUUCUAUCCAGGCAUUCACUACAUGCUGGGUUCGUGGUACACCCCAAGAGAGAUUGGCAAGAGAUCGAUGAUCUUCUGGCUCGCAGGCUCGGUUGGCAACAUGUUCAGUGGUUUCUUGCAGGCCGCUGCAUACAAGAAUCUGAGCGGUGUCCAUGGACAUGCAGGGUGGCGUUGGCUGUUCAUCAUUGACGGCAUCAUCACAAUCCCAUUGGCUUUGAUAGGGUACAUCUUCUUCCCGAACCUACCUCAGGAUGGCAAGAGGACGUGGUGGACGACAGAAAAGGAGCAUGUUCUCGCUGUUGAACGCAUGAGAGCUGUCGGUCGGGCAAGCAAGCAGCCUUGGACCAAGGCCAAGGCCAAGUCGAUCUUGCUCAGCUGGCAUACUUACCUUCUUCCGCUACUGUACAUUGUGUGGAACAAUGGCAGCCCCCAAGCAGGCAUGGGCUACUGGCUGAAGAGCUUCAAUGCCAAACCGGCACCCGUGCCCGAGCGCCACUAUAGCGUGCCGCAGAUAAACAACUUACCGCUUCCAAACACGGCAAUAUUCAUCGUCAUGGCGCUCUCGUGGGGCUGGCUCUCGGACGGACCGUUGAAGGGUGCCCGCUGGCCGUUCAUAUAUGCAGGCGCCGUCAUUACAAUGGCAUUCCACAUUGCUCUUCUCAAGAUGCCGUUGUACGCGGAUAUCACAGGGCGCAUGGUGGUGUACUGGUUUGCCAAUAUCGGGAUGGGAGCAGGACCGUUGAUCUUGAGCUGGAUCAACGAGAUUUGCUCGGGCGACACGGAGAAACGAGCGUUGCUGGUGGCCAUGGCGAAUGACCUGGCGUACGUGGUGCAGGCUGUCGCGCCGAACUUUGUGUGGAAGACGACCGAGUUCCCAGCAGCUCACAGGGGCUACACGUGGGUUGCCUCAAUGCAGGGUCUGCUGAUUGCCGUGACGGCAACGAUCCAGAUGCUGUUAUGGAGAGACAAGAGAAGAGCCGAGACAGAGACCAGCCAUGAUGCCGUCGUGGUGGAAGGUCCGGGAGGCGAUGGUUCAGAGGUUUCGGUGGGGAAGGCGUGA